AGGUUGCGACGAUCACUUGGUUCGCCGUUCACUCGGACCCGGCGCGCUCUCUCUCGUCUGCUGUCCUCUUCGCCGUCCUCUUCAUUUUCAGUGAGCCGCUGCUCUAUUAAAUAUAUAUUUACCUUUUCUCCACGUAGUAGUUUAGGCGCUUCGUUGCGGCUCUUCAAUCCUUUUCGUUGGUUGUUUUUUUUUUGGGUCCACGAACGGCAGCAGCGACGCACCAAUACGUUUCGCACCGUUUUGUUUGUUUAUAUAUUUAUUUUCUGCGCUGCGUGCUUCAUUCUUUUUCUUCUUCUUUGUGUGUGUGUGUGUGGGCUGCUCCUUCUCCUUCUCUCUCUCUGUUUCUCUCUCUCGAACUCUACUUCUAUUAUUCGUGUUUUGUUUGUAUGUACAUGUCCCUUCCCCUGCAACGGGUUUGUGGGUAGUAACAGCAAUUGUUUCCGCUCCUGAUUGUCCUUUUUUUUUUGCAAGGAGUCUACGGCUGUGUACGCAUCGGGGCAGGAUUUCGCGCACUGAGGAAAGAACGUGUGUGUGUGCGUGUGCGUUGUCCCUCUCUCUUUCUCUCUCUCUCUCUCCUCCCUUCUCGUUGUUGUUGUUGUGAAAAUUAUUUUCAUUGCUUUUGCGAGAGAAGAAGAAGAGUUUCCCUUCUCUCUCUCUGUCUCUCUUGAUUUUUGUUUUCCUUUCCUACGUGAUAUUUCCCAUCACAUUUUUUCUUGUGUGUGUCCCCCCCUCCCCCUCUCCCUCUUUUCUCCUCGUCAUUCUCUAAACCGAACGCAUGUAAAACAACUAAGUGCCUAAUAUAUAUUAAUAGUUGUGUAGACUAUUCUGUUUUCCUGCUUUUCCCAUCUCUUCCCGUCUCAUUUUUUCCUUUCUUCCCCCCCUCCUCUUCUCCCUUCCCCUCCCCUCCCCCCUCUGCCAAAGCGGUGCUCUUCUAAAAGGUGACGCUGUGAGGGUAACAAAAUACUAUUAAGUAUAUCAGUCUAUUUUGUGCGUUGUUCUUCUUUUUCCUUUUCUGUUUUCUGACUUGCAAGUUGUCGCUUUCGCUCCAAGACACCACAGGUAUUCUUCUUCAGCUAUCCGUAUACACAUACGACCUCUAGUGGGCGUCUUUUCUCUUCUCUUUUUUUUGUUGUUCUUCGCUCCUUCGCCUGUUUCUCAAGAUUUUUGUUUUCGAAAAACCCCAGUUUCCUGCCUCCGUGUUCUUUGCCGUUUCUUUUCUUCCUCUUUCUCCGUGUGCGUAAGCUCUCGACAACUCGCGUCUAACCGUCUCUCUCCCUCUCUCUUCUCACCGUACAUAUAUUUAUUUGUUUCCCCAGAUUUUAAUUUUCAGUGAUACCCGUUUUUUCUCUUCUCCGUUCUGCGGAUAGCGAUACCGCGGAAAGACCCCUCCUAAGAAACGGCACAAAUCACCCACACCAAAGUAGAUGCUCCCUGCUCUUUCACGGUCGUCGUCUGGCAGGGCGCAGAACCCCAUGCCCGAAGGAGCCGCCAUCCCCAACAGGAUGAGUCGGCAGGCGUUUGUGCCCCGUGCGCAAGACAUCGACGCCAACGUUGCUGCUGCUGCUGCGAAUGUGACAGGCGGAGACGGCACAGACGUCUCCAUGGCCGGUGUCGUGCGGGGUGGCCGCGCUGCUGCUGCUGGAACUGGUUGCGCGGCAGCCAAGGCAAACCGCGAGAGCCGCACGAGCAGCAUCUCCGUCCAGCAACAAGAGGAGGAAGCGCCGUGUGCGCGCCUCGAUGGCGUGGCGGUGACCCACUCCCUGGAAAGAGGGCCGCUGGCGGCGGGCGAGGGGGUGGCGGAAUCCGUGGGCAGCGACAGCGUGCAUCUUCUCCAGCACAUGCAGGAGCUGCUUCACGAGGGCGCCUCUGCUGAGGCGUUGCAGCAGUGGGUUUCCAGUCAGCUGCGGCGAGCCAAUGAUGGUGGGGUGCGGGCGAGCCGUGAGCAUUUGCUUGCCCCGGCUCUGUCCAGUGAAAGCUCCCCUUGCUCACCUCGCACCACCGAUGGGUGCCGCGGCUCACCCAACUCCACCAACAACCACCGCCACUCGACAUCCUCCGCGUCUGUUUCUGGCGUCUCCGCCAAAGCCGGCCGUCUGUACAGUUCUGCGACGACCACCACCACCGGCAGCGGCGGAAGGUUGAUGAAGGCGUCGCGGACGCACGCGCCCGGCCAGCAGCAGCACCAGGCGCCUCAGUUGCAGCAGCAGCCGCAGCAGCCGUGGCGCUCCUUUCACCGCGGCGGCGCGGCGUCCGCAGAGACGCCGACGUACAACGUGGCGAACUUCGCCCAGACGAGCAGUGGGGUCUCGCUGCGACGGGCGCAGGAGACGAGUCUCCAUGAGGUGACGAAGGCCGCCGUUCACGCUACGACAUCGCGGCUCGUCGCCAAUGAACAGCGCAACAUUGGACUGCUGCUCGGGGAGCUCUUCUCUCGCAAUCCGGAGUCGAUGGUGCGUCGACUCGCCACGCCGCCCGCGGCGGUGACCACGACGCUGGCAGCAUCGGCGGUGGCGACGACCACGAUGGCGACGCCGCUGCCGGUGGCGGAGGGGCGCUCGCGCAGCAAUUUCAGUGUCGACGAGUGCAGCCUCCCGCCCGCCGCGUACGACCGCGCGGAGAUGUCUGGCACCAGCCCGCAAGCCUCCUCGUCUGUUAUGACAAGAGGCGUGUCGUCGGUGCCGCUGAACGUCGACUCCGACGUCGCACCUGCAGACGGACCGGGCUUGCUGCCCUCCCACAGUCCACUCUACGCCGCCGAGGACGGCACGGGCGGGCAACGGCAAAGCGCGGGUCCCUUCUUCAAGGGCGGGUCGACCGCCAUCCCCACCAGCUCUGAGCGAUCGACGCCGGACGACCCGAGCACCGCGCCCACUUCCAAGGCUGCCUCGCCGCAGCUCACGACGCUGCCCAACUCUGUUGCGGGCACCGCAGGGACCUUAACGUGCGAGCAGGAUGCGCUCUUCCCCCCGUACUCCCCACUCGUCUCGCCAGCCGUUUCGCCAGUGGCGGGCGCCUCGACGGCUGGGAAGCUGCCCGGCGUACGCGCUGACGCGCCCCACCACGUCAUCCACAGUCCUCCCUCGGCGGUCGUCACGGCUGCCGCAGCGUCCUUCACCUCGGACACCCCGCUGCCCAUGGCGACGACAGCGGACGAUGUCCUCAGCCCGGUAGCGGGUGCCGCCAAGCGCAACACCCUAACGAAUGUGGUGUCGCUGAUUGACGUCGUGUUCGCCGGCGAUGAAAGCUACUCCGGCGGCACGGCGGCGGACUCCGACAACGCUUCUGCCAACAAGGGCGGCAGCGGCGGCGGCCACAACCUCAUCAUGCUCAUUAACAACACCAGUGGGCCACAAGCUGGGGGAGUGACGGACGGUCAGGGGGGCAAAGGCGCACCCAGCGCAUGGGGGGCGACCGUGGCCACGGAUGACGUGACGGACGCGAAUGGCGUUGGCCGUGGUGGUGACGGUGCCAUGAGCGCCGUGGCGAUGCUACCGCCUGUUACCUCCCCCGCCACCUCCAUUACGGGGAUGCAAUCGUCGUCCAGCGCCGCAGCCGGGAACGUCUCGGAUAGCUCGCCUCUCACGGCGUCAGGCGGGCCCACUAUCGUCACGCGCCACAUGAACCAUCACCGACUUACGCAGCCGUACGGCCGUGUGGCGAGUUUGGUGUCCAACAUGAGCAAUCACCUUGUCGGCGGCAACAACGGCGGGAGCAACACCGCCGCAGCAGGGGCGGUCGGAUCGUACACCACUCUGCCGGAGCGGCGCAGCUCUGUGUCACUCGGCGAUGACAUACAAAGCUUCGACAGCAGCCGCGUGUCGUGCGUGUCGGGCUUGUCGGGCGGCCGUGACGGGGCGCUCACCGGGGCCGGCGGCCACCGCCCGCGCCGCUGCUCUGUUCUGCACCUGAGCCACGCCUCGGUCAACGGCGGGAUCGACCCCCUGAUGGAAGGUGUGAUGCCCGACUUUGUGCUCGACGGGGCCUCGGAGGAAGGUCGUCGACCAGGCCCGCGCUUUAUGCGGACGUACUGCCGCCACUGCCCCGUGCGGGUCGCCGAGUCGGCCACCCGGAAAGCGCUGGCGGAGCUGGGGGUGCCGUACCUGCCCGACAUCGACGAGGCCGCCAACCCGAUGAGUGUGCUGUUCCGCAUGGCCACCUACCAGUACACGGACAGCCGCUCCUUCUACGUGGUGAUGUGCCUGAACGUGAUGCUGCGGUACAACUUCGUGCGGCGCUUUGCGUGGGACACGCAGAAGCUGAAGAAGUUCCUCGAGGUGGCCGCGACGUUCUUCCGCGACGGUAAUCCCUUCCACCACCUUGUCCACGCCACGGAGAUGGUGCUGGGCGCCCAUCAGUGGUUGUGCGAGGGCACCACCGCGGCCGCCUUGUCGGAUGUCGAGGUUGCCGCGUUUCUUUUGGCUGCCAUGACACUGAUGUUGGCUCACACCGGCAUCGACAACCGCCUCUUAACGCAGCUGAAACACCCCUACGCCAUGUUGUGCAGCUUCGCCUCCCCCCAACAGGGCGCCGUCGUGGCCCUCGUCAUGGCUCUCCUGCGCUACCCGGAGCUGCAUUUCUUCCCAGAUCCAAGCUCCGCCUCUGUCAACGUGCAGUCGCAGUCCUUCGACCCAUCGACAGACACCGCCCCGGCCAACGUGGCGCACGAGUGGACGGCGAGUCGCGAGAUGGAGUUGUAUGACAUGUUUUCCGAGCUGGUCAUGGCGACCGACCUGCGCAACCACACCCUGAUUCAGAAAGGCAUCUUUCACAUGGCCGAGGAGAACGCGCAGCGGCACGGGUGCCUCUGCGAUGGGGCCGCGCAGUCGCGGCUCCUCUCGCCUGCGCGCGCCGCCAAACCGAGCCGCGGCCGUGGCGGUACGCCGCUCGGCAUCACACCAAAUCGGCCACAACGCGGCGACUUCAACGGCAGCCUCAGCAGCCGCUUUAACGCGUCCUCCUCCUCGCCCCUGCAGCAGGACGGCGGGAGUCCCAGCAACAGCGGCAACCACUACCUCACGAAUCGCGUCUGCCUGAACUGCUGUGCGUACGUCACGGAGAACCACGUCCCCGACUUACUGAAAGGCGUGCUGCACUACCUCGGCUUCGCGUUCCUCUUUCGCACCUUCGAGACCUACGUCUCUGGCAGCCUCAUGUACGUAGCGGAGAUGUACAGGCAGAGCGAGGUCGAGUACAAGCUCUUCCAGAAACAGCAGCAGCAUCAGCAACAGCCCCGGCAGGCGGCAGGCGAUCUACAGGCUGGCAGCGUUGGGUCAGGCUCCCAACGAGACUCCACCAGUGUCCAUGCGUUUCUGAAGAGCACCGCGCAGGACACCUCGCAGCACGACACCGACCUCGGCGACUCCACCGAGACCUUCGCCACCGCCGUCAUGGAAGAGAAGCCGCCGUGGCGGCAAGACCUCACCCACGCGUCGACCGUCGCGUCCUUGCAGCGCCGCCGCAGCGACGAGCUCGGCUCUGCGCUGUUGUCCAGGCGCCCCACCACGACGACGUUCGAGCCGCCGGCCUUCUCUACUCCUACCGCUGCUGUAUCAGCGCAGCGGGAGGUUUCGGCAGGGCGUCCGGCCUCCUGCAGCGAUGACGCGACGUCGACGGAGACGGCGGUGCCGUCGAGGCGGCCACGCGUGCGGCCGCUGCGCGGAAGUGGCCGAGAUAUUUUUCUGAUCGCCGUGGAGGAUCUGAGUCUGCCGUUUGUGGAGCUCUUUGCACCCUAUUUGCCCGCGUCGUGGGUGCGGGCCACCUACUUGAACCAUCAGACCUUCACGAUGGCGAUGCCGUCGCCAGAGGAGUACGACGCGGCGGUGAACCGUGUGCUGGACCUGGCGGAGGAGAGCGAAGAGGAAAUUGCGAGGAGGCAGACGGGGGAGGGUGCAGGUGGGAACGAUAUACUGUCUACCGUGCCGUGGCUGUUGAUGCGCCGCACCUGCCUGAGCGUCCCGGACUGGACAAUGAACAAGGAUGGCAUGCUGCGACGAGUGAUUAAGGAGAUCGUGAUGGGCACGGAGAGCCUGCUGGAGCACUGCGAGAUGUAA